UAUUUCUAAAUUCUUCAAAGAAUUAGUAUAAUACAAAGUGUAGUGUAUAUCUUAUGCGCGUAACGCUAUCUGUACGCCGGUUAUCUUGUGAUUUUAUGAACAAGUAAUGUUAUUAUCUGGGUGCGAUUGUAGCUAAGCGGUGACAAUGCCGCGGCAGGGUAUGGGAGGCGCUGCAUGCCAGUCGGCUGCACGGUGCCGGUCGGAAUACUUGUUCGUUGUUCUGUGCGCCUAGUAUGAUAACAUGGCCGGCAGAAUGCUAAAGUUUAUACGGGGAAAGGGCCAGCAGCCCUCUGCUGAGAGGCAGAAACUGCAAAAUGAACUGUUUGCUUUCCGCAAGACAGUGCAGCACGGCUUUCCACACAGAGCGUCCGCGCUCGCCUGGGACCCGCUGCUGAGGCUGUGCGCGCUCGGCACAGCCACAGGCGCCCUCAAAGUGUACGGCCGGCCCGGCGUCGAGCUGUACGGACAACACACCAACCCCGACUCGGCUGUCACACACAUACAGUUUAUACCUGGCAGCGGACAGUUAAUAUCACUAUGCGACGACAACAGCCUACAUUUAUGGGAGAUCAACGAGAAAUCUCUUGUAGAGCUCAAAACACACGUGUUCGAAGGCAAGAACAAGAAGAUAUCGGCGCUAUGCGUGGAAUCCUCCGGCAAGAACCUUCUGCUGGGCACAGAGGGCGGGAACAUUUACACCCUCGACUGCAAUACAUUCACAAUCAACGAGGACGUCAUAUAUCAAGAUGUUGUUAUGCAAAAUUGUCCCGAAGACUUCAAAGUGAACCCCGGCGCGGUGGAGGCAGUGUGCGAGCACCCUAAGGUCCCCAGCCGGAUCCUCAUCGGCUACAACCGGGGGCUCGUGGUACUGUGGGAUCGCGCCACCGCCACGCCGACACACACCAUCGUGUGCAACCAGCAGCUGGAGAGCUUGUGUUGGAACGAUGAAGGCGAACACUUCACAUCGUCGCACAACGACGGGUCGUACGUGACGUGGGAGGUGGCGAGCACGGCCAGCGACCGGCCGCUGAAGGAGCCCGUCACGCCGUACGGUCCCUACCCGUGCAAGUCCAUCACCAAGAUCCUCAACAGAACCAGCGUGGACGGCGAGGAGGUCACCAUAUACGCGGGUGGUAUGCCAAGAUCGCCAUAUUCAGACAAAUUCACUGUAACGGUGCAACAAGGGGAGAAACACGUCGCGUUCGACUUUACGAGUCGUGUGAUCGACUUCUUCACAACUACCCCGGUCCCGCCAGACGGAGUCCCCCUGCAGGAGGUGCGGCCCGCCACGCCCGCGCAGAUACAAGUGCAGACUGUCAACCAAGUCGCUGCUGCUUUGGUGGUGCUAGUGGAGGAGGAGCUGGUGGUGAUCGACCUGUGCGACGACAAAUGGCGCCCGCUGCGGCUGCCGUACCUGGUGUCGGUGCACGCGUGCGCCGUCACCACCGCCACGCUCGUCGACAACGUCGCCGACAACGUGUACGACAACAUCGUCGCGGCGGGCAACAAACAGACAGAGAACGUGUACUCCGAGAGCCCGUGGCCGAUUUCGGGGGGUAUCGUGGAGGGCUGCGAGCCGGCCGAGAGGCAGGUGCUGCUGACGGGCCACGAGGACGGCUCCGUGCGCUUCUGGGACGUGACUGGCGUGGUCAUGACGCCGCUCUACAAGUACACCACUGCCACGCUCUUCAGCGGUGAAGAGAUAGGCGAAAACAAUGACAGUCAAAACGACGAGGAGGAAUGGCCGCCGUUCCGUAGAAUUGGUACAUUUGACCCCUACAGUGACGACCCGAGACUCGCCGUUAAAAGAGUUCUUCUAUGUCCGUUAUCUGGUAUGUUGACCAUUGGAGGCGCGGCCGGUCACAUAGUCAUUGCAAGUUUGAAGACAUCUCCUAGUACAGCCGAAGUUAAGUCGAUACCUGUAAACAUCGUGUCAGACCGCGACGGGUUCGUGUGGAAGGGUCACGACCAGUUGACGCUGCGGUCCGGUGCUCUCACAUUCCCCGCAGGUUAUCAGGCGAGCGCAGUGGGUCAGCUGUCGCCGCCGGCCGCGGUGACGGCGCUGGCGGCGCAGUGGGAGUGGGGCGUGGUGUGCGCGGGCACGGCGCACGGGCUGGCGCUGCUCGACGCGCUGCGCGUGGCGCCCGUCGCGCACAAGUGCACGCUCAACCCGCACGAUCACUCUGGUGCUGGCGAUACGCCGAUAUCAAGGAGGAAGUCAUUCAAGAAGUCCCUCAGGGAGUCAUUCAGGAGGCUGCGCAAGGGCAGAUCACAGCGGCGGCAAACCACCACCUCAGCCAGCCCUACGUCACCGACACAACCAGCUAAAAGGGUGGCGGAAAAGAUUAGCGAAACGGACGCCGAAGUGAAGCCCAUCGAGCGCGCAGUGGAGGCGCGGCCGGCCGACGACGGGUUCGGCUCCAUGGUGCGCUGUUUGUACUUCGCGCGCACAUUCCUUAUCAACACCCAGACAACGACGCCGACGCUGUGGGCGGGCACCAACAACGGCACCGUGUACGCGUUCACGAUACACGUGCCCAACACCAACAAGCGGAAAGAAGAUCCGGUCACAUGUCAGCUAGCAAAAGAGAUCCAGUUAAAGCACCGAGCGCCCGUUAUAGGCAUCACGGUGUUGGACGGCGCCGCUGUGCCACUGCCCGACCCCUUGGAGGUGGAGCGGGGCGUGUCCCCGCUGCCGGAGAGCGGCGCGCACCGCGUGGUGAUCACGUCCGAGGAGCAGUUCAAAGUGUUCACGCUGCCGGCGCUCAAGCCGCACAACAAGUACAAGCUCACCGCGCACGAGGGCGCCAGGGUGCGGCGCACCGCGUUCGCGUGGUUCGAGUGCGGCGCCAGCGGUGCGGAGCGACACCGCGAGUGGUGCCUGCUGUGCCUCACCAACCUGGGAGACUGCCUCGUGCUGUCGCCAGACCUGCGCCGACAGCUCAACGCGGCCGCCGUGCGCAAGGAGGAUAUCAAUGGUAUUUCCAGUCUGUGCUUCUCAAAGCGUGGUGAAGCUCUCUACUUACAUUCUUCCUCGGAACUUCAGAGGAUUACUCUGUCUGCUACUAAGGUGACGAUAGCUCAGUGCCACGUGCUGCUGUCGCCGUGGGCGGUGACGCUGCGCGGCGCGAGCGACGACGCGCCGCUCACCAACGGAGAGCACAGAGAGGAGCCGUCGGUGGCGGAGGCCGCGCAUGACUUGACGGCCGCGUCGGGCGACAUCACCGUGGACUCGGUGCGCGACCACGCCGCCGAAGCGUCGGAGCUCAACAUUAACCUGCAGAACUCGCAAGUGAACACGAGCUCGAUGGUGGUGAAGACGACGACGCGGACGAACGUCAACGAGAACAGCGUCGACGGCGUGACCACGACCACGACCACCACCACUACCACCAACAACUCCAUCACCGAGAACAUCCUAGAGCACAGUCGUGAGGAAGGAGUCAUCACUCGCAUUGAGACGGGCACCGUGACAGUGCCGGCCGGCACCGACCCCAAGCUGAUCCUCGAGAUGUUUGACCGCCAGAGGGCGCCGCUGGCCGUGCCCGUGCCGCCGGCUGAGUCCUAACCCCCCACCGCUGCGAACCGCUAGCUUUAAGUUACCUUAAGGGUUUAGGCUGCCUGUCCACCAAAGCGGAGCGAGCGAGCGUAGCGGAGAAACGGACUAAUGCGGAGCGGAGUUGCGUACUGCGUCUGUCCAUCGGAGCGGACCGAGAUUGCGUAGCGAAGUAACUUCCCGAAGAAACUUCCUCGCUCUGCUUCCUUGCUCGUGAAUCCCCGCUCCGUUUCCCCGCUCGGCUUACCAGUUUUAAAUGUUUUUUUAAACUAGCUCACAAGUCCUUGUCCACUUGAGAGGAGCGGAGAUUUUCUACAAUUCUAUUGGUUAAUAUUUCUCCGUUGCUCGGCUCCGCUGCCUCGCUCCGCUUCGGUGGACUGGCAGCCUUAGAGUGACCAUUUGUACACCAUGUGUUGCACCAGCUGUCGAAACUGCAAAGAUGUUUAAUCACACUAUAAUAAUUUAAAGUUCUGACAAUUUCGUCAGUUAUGCAGUUACGUCAAUGGUGUAACUGCUAAAUGUGCGUAUGUAGGCGUUGCGACUCUGGAAUUAAUAGACAAGGCUUUACCUAUGAAAGAAUUAGGAAAAUUUUGCCAUUGUAGGCUCUGGUUCUAAUUUCCGCUGUAUAGUCAUUAUAAAAUUAUUAUGGUUUAUAAUUUACUGCCCCUAAUUCGUGAAAAGUGAUUCUGUAUACUUUAAGGCAAACUUAUUUAUUGGUACUCUAAUGGUAAACUUAAUAUAUCUACUUAUAGAGAAAGCAAAUAUUAUCUUAACCGGGUCUUAGUAGAACCGUUUUAAAUGCUUGAACAUUUGAAAUAGAUAAUGCCGUGUCUAUUGUAGUUCCAAUGUCUAAGAGUAUAGUUUCUGCAAUUUGAGACAGUUUCACAUAGCAAUUUUUAAAAAAGGUAUAUGUCAAUUGUCAAUUGUUAUUUUUUGUAACGUUUUUUCAUCUUCUUAGUCUAAUAACGACGAUGAUUUAGCAUUAGACAUUAUAGAAAAUGACAUUGUAGCAAUUAACGUUAACAUUUAAAAGCAAUGAAAAUCGCGUCUCCAUCGUUGCAAAAACUAUAACUGCAUACGUUUUUAUACCUAAUUCGUAUUCACACCAAUAUGACAUUAUUGUAAACAUUAGUGAACCACAUAUUUAUAGAUGUUAAGUCAUUUUUUUACCCUCCACGAAGCUAGUUAUAGAUUUUGUACAAUAAAAGAAUUGUAAAGAUCCAUCAAAGUAUAAAGGAGAUAUAAAAUAUAUUUGAACAAAGCAACGAGAAAUUUUGUUGGCAAUAAUUUCAAAUUAAUCUAAUGAAUCGAAUCCAAAUGUAGCUUAACUACAAUGUUAUGUAAUUCACAAUCCAAUCAAGUUAUUAAUUUAGCUGCGACUAAAAUAUUUGGGCAGGGUGAGAGAUUCUUGAUCAAAAGAAAUAUGGUAUAUGUCAAUCCUUUAACUUUACAAGAUUGCACGCGAAUACCCACAAUAAAGAAAAGGUUUGUUCUUGUUAGGUGGAAUAGUUGCAAGUUAUUGUGGCUUUAAAAAACGAAUAGCCGCGACUAAAAUAUUUGGGCAGAGUGAGAGAUUCUUGAGUAAAAGAAAAAUGGUAUAUUUCAAUCCUUUAAGUUUACAAGGGUGCACACGAAUACACACAAUAAAAAGAGUAAGGACACAUACAAAGAACGGGUUUGUUCUUGUUAGGUGGAAUAGUUGCUGCCAAAGUCGCGGACUUUGCUAAAGUUCGAUCAGACAUUUCGGCAGAUUAAGACGAUAAUGAAAUGAUUCUACUCUAUUUAAUUUUUAUGUGCACUUGCGCCAAACAAUGUUUAAUAUGACUUAACUUCUGAACAACAGUUUUUCGCAAGUUUUCGUGCUAACUUGUUACCAACAAUCUCUUGUCUAUGUUGUUUUUACACAAUUACGGUGCAAACCACUAUAAUGAAAAAAAUGGCUUGAACUUUCUUUUUUAUUACAUCUUGUAACACCACAUAUUUUUAUAUUAGCAUCAAUUAAAUGUAUGUAUAUUGACAAAUUAUUAUACAACAAGCAAUUUAAUAUUUCGUAAAUGUAAUCCAUAUUUCUUAAGCCUACUAUUUUGUAAGUAAUAAAAUUAAUGCAUUUUAUAUUGAAUAGUUUAAUCUUUGACUCGGCCGAGUAUUUUUUAAUUGAAAUGUUUCCUGGUGUCUUUUGUAUUAUUAACCUUUGACGAAAUUAGAAAGUUCUUAUUCUUAUUACUUAAUAAUUUAUUUCUAAAUAUUUGGUAUGUACUUAAAACUAUUUUGUUGGUGAAAGAAUAUUAAGUAUUACCAGCCAGUUUUAAUUUAGUACAAAACGGGAGCCAUAACAGUUUUAGCUAGCAGCAAUACUGCAAUUAAAUUGUGGAUUGUUUCUUUUUUUUUUUUAAUAAAAAAUGGUGAAAUUAAUAUUGUAACAACUUAGUUUAAGUUGGAAUUCUUUCAUACAUUCUGCUGGAAUGUGAUGUGCCUAUUUAUUUUUUUUUAUAAAGAGAAUUUUAUUUAGGUAAUUUAGUAUUAUAUAAAUUGACAAGUUAUUCAGACUAGAAUUUAAUAAUAAAUAUUUUAUAAUAUAAUGAAGCCAACGAAAAGAGAUAUAGAAGAUAUAGAAAGUCGGUUAAUAACUUAUUUCUGCUGGGUUAUUCAAGAUUAUAGGAAGUCAGGAGGUAUUUCGUUACAGCUAUUCAACUCUUAGUGGGUGUUUAAGCUGAUAUAGGAGAAGGGAGGGGUUCAAAAGGUCCAAAAAGGUUGAAUUGGUUGAAAUAAAGUAACAGUAAUUAUUUUAUUGAAUUACCAUCAUCUUGAAACAUGUUAUUUCGUACGUAUCUUAAAAUUUGGCAAACAUAACAAAAGGUUAACAUUUUUUAUCUCGUUACGUUGGUCGUACUUUAGUUAGGUAUUAGAAUUUUUGAAGGCAUAUCAGCAAGAUUACCAAUUUACUAGCGGAACUAUGUUAUUUACGAAGGAACCUUACCACAUGGAGAAACCACCUCCGACCGAGUCUUCGUCUGUGCAGCACAUAGCUGCAGGGUGUGACGUCAGGAAAGUGGCCAUCCAGAAAUUACGUCAUAUUUUGAUCGAUAUUUUAUAUGGCCUCUCUCCUUUCCUUUUGCCACAUUUUUUGCAAAUACACGUCCAGAUAUUAAUAAAUUAAACAGUUCAGAUGCAUAAUUAAAACUAGAUUCGAAACGGCACAAACUCUCGGACAGCGUCAAAAUUAUGCUGCCAGCAUAUUUGACAAAAAAUACGUACGGAGAGAAAGCUAACAAACUUUUGUUAAAGAGUUUUAAUAUUGACUCAGUGUGCCUCUUAACGUUUAUCUGUAUGACUCAUGUACAUUUAUGUAUUACACAUAUUUGCCAAAAGGUGUCCUAUUGAGCCAGUUGAAGAAGUACUUCAUCUUCUUAGUGGCUGUAAAGGAAAGAGUGUCUAGCGAGAGUCUAGGAUAAUUGCCUCUGCAGUGUGUAUCACAUUUCUUCUGAGUUUGACUGUAUAUUCCGCGUGGUGAAGGCCAAAGAGCUAUCGCCCUAUUCAAAAUAUUUAUGUAAAAGUACAUACAUGGUAACAUUCCGUUUGUAAAUCGGUAAUGGUAUUGCUAGUUUUAAUAAAUACAUUUAAAUACCAAGUUUUUACCCACAAUAUAUUAAUAUUGAAUUGUAUAUUCAGUAAAUAAUAAUUUAGUAAAUUAUUAUGUAACGUGUGUUUGAAUGUUACGCAAUUUUUAGCACUGUUGUUUUUUUUUUAUUAUUAUUAUUUUAUUUUUAUUUAAUAAUAAAAUAUAAUCUGCAUUCUGUAAUUAAGGUGUUUUAAACUAUGCAUUUUAAUCAUAUUAUUAUUAUUUUAGACGGAAUGGCAGCUGUAUUGUUAUUUAAAUAUUUGCCGUAUAAUUUUUCAUACUAACAAAUGUAUGUACAUAUUUUUAACAGUAUUCAUUCAACUUGCUUACCCAAGCAACAGAACAUCACAAUUUCGAUGAUACGAGGGGAUUGAAUAAGUUUUAGUUAUUACUACGAUUUUAUUUAGCUAUAAGUUAAAUGUGCCUGUCUAUUUUUUUAAGGUAUGCUUUUUUAAUUUUAGUCCCAACUGUACUGAAAGGUGUGGAGGUGAAACGUCCAGAUUGCUUUGUUUUAUUUACUGUACAAUUUACUCCCAUGCUAUUGUGGUCUUUUUAAAAUUUGAUACGAGAAGAUUUGCGAUUUGUAUCCAAUAUUCUUACAUGAAAAUAAAUGCUAUAAAUGAAAA